GGAAAAUUCCUCAGGACUGAAAUUCCUUUUAUUUUAUCUGGUCGUUUUUUCCAGAGGUGUUUCCCCCUCUGAUUGUUGUCGCAUGCUUUCCUUGUGACUAUUUUAUUCCUUCUAUGUAUGAUCUACAUCGCUAUUGCUCGCGGCGCCUAUGUAGAAACAGGACAUGGCCACCACAAACUUUGAUGUGAUACAAACAGUGCCACGUGUGGCGACACUCAUUUACCAGACUCACCAGCUAUGGCAGGAAAUCAAAAAUGUCCCAGACGGGAUUAUGGGACUUGUAGACCAGCUGAAGGCUCUUGAGUCCAUUUUCUCAGAUAUUGAAGACCAGUUCAACGAGGAUGGUGCCUCGCCAUCCUUCAAGAACUGCCUUGAGCUGUCCAAAAAGGCACACGAUUCUUUGGGAGUUCUAGUUGCGGAUAUGAGAACGCAGCUGCAGACAAAUAAGAGGAUGAAGCGCAAAUAUGCGGCAGUCAAGAUUUUGCUCAAUAAGGCCGUUUUAGAGAGACUCGAGCAGAGUCUAUCUCGAUGCAUGACCUUUUUACAACUAGCAAUACAAGCAUAUCAAAUGGCAAUGCUUCGGAAACUUAGCUCUCAGACCACCUCAGCAAGAUUCCAGCCACAACAUCAUGCACAGAUCCAACAACUUCUUCCACAACGACCACAAAAGAAAAUGCCUCACAAUCAGACAGAGAGAGAUGAAGACCUUAUUGAGACGGAAAGUGUUAUUGCGAGAUCUAGAAAGACAACGGAUUUAUUCACUUUUAAUUUUACACAACAUCUGCGGUUCGCAUUGGCUCAUACCAAAUCGACUGGAGCAUGGCAAGUACAGCUCCAGGUACCCAAAUGGCUAUCAAAAUCAGUGUACGAGUUCAUAUCUGCGCCAGCGAUUGCAGGUUGGACAUACACUUAUCGUGUAUACAACAUAAUCCCAAACGAUUCGGAGAUAAUUAAGAAGAUCAACAGUGGAGACUUGAUUGGUGUUCGAGAGAUGUUUAACAACAGAGAUGCAUCCCCUUUUGACCGCAAUGCUCAAGGGGGAAGUCUCUUAUAUUAUGCGGCAUCGAGUCAACAAUAUGAGAUAUGCCAGCUGUUGCUAAAGAUGGGUCUCCAGUCAUUGCUAGACCACAGCGAAGGAAACUUUUCGUCACCGAUUGAGUCUAUAGCGGGUGAUAUAUCGUCCGUGACGACUUGGCCUACGGAAAGACAUCCACGCAGAAUAGCCGAUUUAUUUGCUUCAUAUCUCCAAGAGCCAGAUGCGUUACCAGCAGAAAGGCUCCUGGAUUUCAUCAGAGAAUUCGAACCUAACGAUAAAAAGCUGUCUGAAUUCCGAAGUUUAUUUAUGCCAAAUUAUUAUUUACGAUUACUCAGAGAUCGACUUGAAGCUGUCCGGCUCGGCGCCUUUAAUGUCAUCAGAUGCAAAACGUUGGAGAGCCUUGUUUCAAAAGACGGCAAAAUUACUCAAAUGGAUGUCGUCCAAUCAAGUCGUGAGAAAGUGUCUCUUGUACAUUCUGCGGCUUUGGCACUUGGAUGCCGAUAUCCAGAGAGAUUAAUGACCUGCUUGAAACCAUGCGUAUGGCUACGUAUAUACGAAGAAGACUGGGGUGACUUUGUGACAAAUAUAGCCCGUAUGGCAACUCUCGAUGACCUCAUCUCCGUGGAGACGGUCGUGCCAUGGGAUGUUUAUGAAGUAACAGCUUGGAAGGGCACACCGCUUAUAUCAGUUAUUGGAGGCGCACUCUGUUAUCUCUGCCCUGGCAUAUCUUUCAAUCACUGGGAUACGCUGUUCCAUGGCUGCCUUUAUAAAUGGCUUUCUCUGCUGGAUGCCGCUGGGGUUGACAUACUCGAAUAUGGAAAGAAGGAGGCGUCGAUUCUUCAUGACCUCCAGAGCAACACGAAAGGGGCUUUCGAUGCCGACGCAAUUGAGGAAUCGCGAACAAUGCUGCGACAUUCCAUGGUGAGAGGCGACCCGCUACCGAAAGUUCAUCGUGCGACUUUUAUCGAUAGGCGUGGUGAACAGUACUGGCUCCCUUUUCGGAUAAUAGAUCUGCAGAUUGGACCUGAACCCACUGAUUGGAAGUUAAGAUGGGCUCCGGAGUUUGAGUACAUGGCGUGUCAAUUUUGGACGUUAGUCGAAAAUCACGAAACCGCAAUGCCGGGCUCUUGGGUAGAGUGCUAGAAAUAUUUGUAUAAAAUUAGAUAAAUUCAAGAGCGCUAUUUCAGUUCAUCUGGAAGAGCAAGAUUGACCGAGGCACGUUAGCCUAGCUUUUAGAGGAUAUGUAGACUUAUAUAUGAAGCUCCGAUGUAGUGGUGUCUCAAAUUAUAUCAAGGCCAAAAAGAGCGGCUAUUAUAGCAUAGGU